AUUAUCGAGCGGUCUCGCAAACGCGUCGGUAGUGAACAGUAAAAAAUAUCUUCAUUUUUAUUUUAACCAUGACUUCCGUGCCUACUAUUAAAUUUAAUAAUGGAUACACAUGCCCAGUUCUGGGGCUUGGAACUUGGAAAUCGCAGCCAGGCGAAGUGACACAAGCAGUAAAAGACGCCAUCGAUGUUGGCUACCGACACAUAGACUGCGCACACAUUUACCAAAACGAAAAGGAAGUUGGUCAAGCACUCAGUCAAAAGAUAGCUGAAGGUGUAGUACAAAGAGGAGAUUUAUUCAUUACAUCCAAACUAUGGUGUACGUUCCAUCGGCCGGACCUGGUGGAGCCAGCUGUCAGGAAGUCCCUACAAGAUUUACAGUUGGAGUACUUAGACCUAUAUCUUAUUCAUUGGCCGGAAGGUUUCAAGGAAGGCGGCGAUUUCUUCCCUAGAGACGCUUCAGGAAAACUGAUCCCGAGCCAUAUAGAUCACUUGGACAUUUGGAAGGCUAUGGAACAGCUGGUGAACAAGGGUCUGGUGCGAAGCAUUGGUCUAUCCAAUUUUAACAAGCGACAAAUAGAAAGAAUUUUUGCAGCAGCCACCAUUAAACCUGCGGUAUUACAGAUUGAAGUGCAUCCAUACUUGAAUCAGAAUUUGUUAUUGGAAUACUGCAGAAGUAUAAAUGUAGCGGUGACCGCAUACUCCCCGCUGGGCUCGCCGGACCGAUCGGACACAAAGCCUGGCAAACCCUUGCUCAUGGACGACCCCAGCCUUAAAUCUGUAGCAGACAAAUACGGGAAGAGUCCAGCUCAAGUCCUCAUUAGAUACGCCAUAGAUAGAGGCUUGAUCGUGAUACCCAAGUCUGUGAACAAGACUCGUAUCUCCCAGAACUUCAAUGUGUUCGAUUUCCAUUUGAAUUCGGAAGAUAUGCAGCAUCUGGCAGCAUUAGAGUGCAACGGCAGAACUUGCACUUUGGGAGAUGAGGAGCAUCCUGACUAUCCAUUCCACGAUGAAUACUAAAUUAUUAUACUUUAUAAUCGUUUAGGUUCCACUUAGGUUAUAAUUCUAUAUUGAUUGUAUUAGAACCUAAGUGGAUUAACAAAAUGC